AUGAGCGACCAGAAACCCAUUACGGCUUACAAUGCGUCGAAGAACAUUGAAAAACAGACCCAGGACCUGCCUGGUGUCGACGAGGACAUGGCACCCACUGCCGAACAUGCAAAACAGGAAUACUGGGACGAGAACGGUCGGCCAUACCUGAAAGAGUACCAGGGUACUGGCAAGCUUGAGAAUAAAAAGGCGAUCAUAACAGGUGGUGAUAGCGGAAUUGGCCGGUCUGUCGCCAUCUUCUUUGCUCGCGAGGGAGCAGACGUCAGUAUCGUCUAUCUUCCACAGGAACAGAAAGAUGCCGAUUGGCUGAAGAACCAUAUCGAAUCGACCACCAAACGCAGCGUCCAUCUCAUCCCGGCCGACCUAGAACAGACCGAAUCUGCACCCCAGAUUAUCAAAUCACAUCUCGACAAGUUUGGUCGCAUAGACAUUCUUGUCAACAAUGCAUCUAAACAGAUCAUGUGCAAAGAUAUCAAAGACCUUGAUAUCAAGCAAGUUGAAAGCACGUACAAGUUGAACAUCAUCAGCAUGAUUCAAAUGGCGACCUGUGCAGUGCCACAUAUGCGCCGAGGAUCAGCGAUUAUUAAUACGACAUCCGUGACCGCUUACAAGGGGUCCCCUUCUCUGAUCGAUUACUCCUCCACCAAGGGGGCAAUCGUAUCUUUCACCCGCAGCUUGGCGGUUCAGCUUGCUCCCAAGGGCAUCCGAGUCAAUGGGAUUGCUCCUGGACCUUUCUACACUCCUCUUCAGCCCGCCUCUCGUCCUCCUGAGAACAUGGAGGAUUGGUCAGUCGGCGAGGUUCCUCUACACGGUCGAGCAGGGCAGCCAGCAGAGAUUGGAGAGGCAUACGUGCUCCUCGCUGGUCCCGGAGGUAACUACAUGACAGGUUCAAUCAUCCAUAUCAAUGCCGGACAGCAUUGUGGUGGGUCUUAG